AAUUUCUAAACGAAUUGAUAUAUAUAAUAUCAUCAUAUGUGGAAGGAAUCAUCAGUCGUUGCUACUAUGGCUUCUUUACAAAGACCUGACUUUAUGCCCUAUCAAAAUAAUGGAGGGACAGUGGUUGCUAUUGGAGGUGAAGACUAUUGUAUCGUCUCCGCAACGACACGUCUUGGUUUGGGGUUUGCUAUUCCUACUAGAAACGUUUGUCGAUAUUCUAUACUGAAUAAUCGUGUGGUGUUAGCAACAGCAGGAAUGUUUGCAGACACAGCAACCUUACACAAAGUGAUCAAAGCAAGAGUAAAAAUAUAUGAAGAACAACAAGACAAGCCGUUUGGUUUGCAUUCAGCUGCACAACUCUUAUCCAACACUUUAUAUUACAGAAGAUUCUUUCCUUAUUAUACUUUCAACGUGUUGGGAGGAUUAGAUGAAGAUGGUCAAGGAUUCGUAUAUGGUUUCGACGCAAUAGGAUCCGGUGAAAAGGUUAAAGUGGUUUGUAAUGGUACAGGACAAGCACUCAUUCAACCCAUUCUCGAUAACCAAGUAGAAAAGAAACAACAAUAUGAGAAUAAGCAAAUAACCAAACUGUCACUGCAAGAAGCAGUGGACUUGAUCAAAGACGUUUUCACUUCCGCAGGAGAAAGAGAUAUUUAUACUGGAGAUGCAAUAGAUAUAUGCAUCAUUACAAAAGAAAAGGGAGUUUUAGUGGAGACGUUUCAACUCAAACAGGAUUAAAAAUGGUGCAUAAAAAUUAUAAAAGUUGCCUUGAAUAUUAUCCAAUACUUGAUAAACGACGAGUGCGAAUCUUAGACUCUAAGAAAAAUUCUCCUGCACGG